AUGACGAUUGGUAGUCGUCAACCGCUGCUUUAUUUCUUACUGCUCAUUAUAUUGCUGCAGUGGUCCCAGGGUAUGGAAGACAAUGCUGAUGGAACUUACAGCAACAAUAACAACAAUUAUGACGACACAUUUUAUCAAGAUAUGAACUAUUACGAUACGUUAGCCAAUUCAAUUAAUUUCGAUGUCGAUAAAGCGCUAUUGCAACAGAAAAUUAAUGAUCAAGAACAAAUCGAAACGGAACAAGGCGAACCAAUGCAACCAUUUGAUGGUUUACAAAUCGACGCCGAUAAAGAGCAGGAUAUGUUGCAAAACAAAGAUAUCUCACAACAGUUACUGGUACGAGAGGUGCCAGAGUUUCGAGUAGUUAAUCGUAAACGCGAAACAGGUGAGAACGGUAACUUGCAACAUCAAGAUGAGGAACAGAGGGUGGCCUACACCUGUCAUGCACAAACGCCUGAGCAACAAGCGUGUUUAGAUGCAGCGGUGAAGGACACUAAAGAUACAAUUGAGCAUGUAACAUGCUUGAUAAAACGCAUGCGAGAACAUGCCGUGGCCAUUGUUAAGGAGGUCAACGAAUUGGAGGGAGAUUUUCUGGGCGCUUGUCGGGACGAACGACCCAAACUCGUUUGUCGAAAACGACCGCCAAGUAGGGGUAAAUGUAGAGGUCAUGCUGCUGUAGCUGAGGAAGAAACUGGCGGUGUUGGAUACAUAGAUGGCGUAAGUGGUUUCAAACGUAUCUAUGAUGAAACCGCACACGCGAUUAAUAGUAAUCAGAAUAAUCAGAAUGAUAAUGAAAACAUGAACAGCGCCGCAGCAAUGAAUGAACAAGGUAACGAAAAUAAUAACGGUAAUGAAAGCAGUGGAAACAGUCAAAAUGUCAAUACGAAUACCAACUCAAGGCCGAAUUCAAAAGGCGCACCCACAAAACCACGCAUAGUUGUCAAUGAAUUUGCUAUACCCAUGAAAACGGACAUAUCAGAUCUGCCGCCUAAUGAAUUCAUGGAACAGGCACAAUACGCCGUACAUGCUUGGAAGAAUCAGAUCGAAGAAUGCAAACGUCUGUUGGACGAGGCGAUGCUACGUGCAACACAGCACAGUUCCGGCGAUGGUGUCGAUAGUCCCAACACGAGUGUUCAGCAUAUUAUCAAAAUUGUUAGAACGCCCGAAGAGGCAGAGGGCGCACAUGAAGAUGAUGCCGCACCAGCAGCAGCGGCAUCAAUCACACCCGUGCGUUGCAGCAACUUCAAAGAAUGCUGUUUAACUAAUAAAAAUACUGAUAACAACAUUAACAAUGAUACUCCAUUUGCAUUGAAUAACGCGCGUAGGUCCGGUAUUGCAGCCUUAACGAGUGACAAAAUAAACGACGAAAAACUUAACACUUCGAAUGAUGUUGCCGCGAAAGCUGUGCAUGGCGAUAACAAUAAUGAUGCUGAUAUCGAUACCGAUAACGAAAUGAACGAUAGCAAUAAUAAUAACAAACGCAACGAAGGUUCGAAAAGGUGUCGCAGUGAGGGCAAAAAACAUAGAUCUUUACCGCCACUAUUGAGUGUGUUGCAGGGCAUGGGUUUUUGA